UUUUGCUUUCUGACCAACUUCGACCGAAUUUUGCGCACUCGAGAGAGCUGUGUGUUGCCGGCGUCUACAUUCGGUUGUUCGGUAGUCCUUAAGGCGGCCAAGCGCCAUCACAUCUACUGCGAAACAUGAGUUUCCAAGAUGCAAUUGCGGCGUUACUGAGACCGACAGAAGUAUGCAGCGUCUCCGCCGAUCUCUUCUACGUGAGCCGUAACCAACAGCGGAAGAGGCGAACGCUCGCUGUUUACAGGAAUAUUCAGGGUGGGGACGAAGCUGGAGUCUUCCUUCUGAAACGAAGAGCCGGAAACACGCCAGCGAUAUAUGACAUGAUGCCGAUAUAUGCGGACUUUCGGCUGGGAGUGUCGCAGAGCAAACCGGUGAACCUGGAAGAAGAGGGUCAAACGGUCACCCGUGCAAGGACUGGAUUCACGUUGAGACUCUCGUCGGGACCGAAACAGAUGGUUCUGGAAACGGCGUCGCUAGAGACACUUCAGUCUGUCCUGGUGGAGUUGAAGAGGUUGAUGGCAGUUGCUCAACAGAGGGGCUAUGUCGCCGAUGGAGGAACGCAUAACUGGAUGCAGCACUAUGAGCGGACGCGAAGUAGCGCCGCUGCGGCUUUGAAGCAGGCAGAACUCACUGGCAAAGCGGAGCAGGAUCGAACACAAUCGAACAUGGCCAACCCAUUCAUCAGCUUCGAUAGCUCCGUUACCGGCGGCAGUGUGAAAGCGAUCAAAGAGGGUUGGGUGGCCAAAGAACUUAGGGCUCGGGAAAGCAGAUUCGUCGACUUUGAUUCCAAACGCAUCUUCGUAGGAUCUUGGAAUGUGAACGGACAAGCCCCUUCACAGCCACUAAAGCCCUGGCUGGGUGUGUCUGCUGAAGAGGAGCCAUCCAUCUACAUCCUAGGGUUCCAGGAGCUCGAUCUCAAUACCGGCGCUUAUCUGUAUGCUGACACCACGAAGGAGGAUGAGUGGUGCAAAAGCAUAGAACAGGCAUUACGGACGAAGAAGACGAACUAUAUCAAGGUCACAUCGAAACAGCUUGUCGGAAUCUUUAUAGUUAUGUAUGUUAGCGAAGCCGAGAAAGGGUUCCUUCGCGAGGUUUCUGCGGAGUACCUUGGUACUGGACUGCUUGGGAUGAUGGGAAACAAAGGAGCAGCAGCCAUUCGAUUCCGCUUUCACGACACGUACAUUUGUUGUGUCAACUCCCAUCUCGCCGCAGAUGCCAGCAUGGUAGAUCGGCGUAAUCAGGAUUACCAGGAAAUCUGCCGCCGAGUUGUAUUCCCUUUACCGUCUUUGUAUGACGAUUUCACUGCCUACGCACACGCAAAUCCCUGGGUGGCGAGCUUUUAUGAUGCGCGCCAAUCUGCGUUGGCGACCAUCAGUGAGCAAGCGGGGAAAAACAUUGCCACGAUAUUCGAUGCAGAUCAUUUGUUCUUCUUUGGGGAUCUAAACUAUCGCGUCUCACUUCCUGAUACGGAUGUGAAGGCUAUUAUCAACAAGGGGGAUGUAACGCAGCUGCUCAAAUUCGAUCAAUUACUCAUCGAGCAGCGAGCGAAACGAGCAUUCCAAGACUUUAAGGAGGCACCCAUUACUUUCGUUCCCACUUUCAAGUACGACAUUGGGACAAAUACCUUUGACACGAGUGAGAAAAAGCGUACACCAUCGUUCUGCGACCGAAUUCUAUGGUUCGAGAACCCAUUGCAUGCCGAAGACCCAGCGUGGCUGACGGCCAAGUGGUAUCGAAGCGGCAUGGACAUGACGUUGAGUGAUCAUAAGCCGAUCAUGGGUCUCUUUGAAGCCAAGGUUCGGAAGAUCGACGCAGACAAAUUGACGCAUGUGCAUGAGGAGAUCCUGCGAGAGCUUGACAAGUUCGAGAACGAGUCGCUUCCAGACUUGGCCGUGUCUACAAACAUACUGGAGUUUGGCGAUAUCCGGUAUAAUGUGCCGGUGACCAAGUCCAUAACGGUUGAAAAUAAGGGACAGGUUAUUGCCCAAUACCGAUUUGUGCCGAAGCCAGAUGAGGAACACAUCAGCAGGCCUUGGUGUUACGUCAACCCACCAGCAAGCAUGCUUCUCCCAGGCGAUCAGGUCAAGAUCAACGUCACAAUUCUGGUAGACCAACACACCGCCCCAGCCCUCAACUCCCUACAAGAUACCCUCGACGACAUUCUGAUCCUCCACACCGAGAACAGCAAGGACCACUUCAUGUCCGUCUCCGCGAACUGGCUACCCAGCUGCUUCGGAACCAAAAUCGAAGCCCUCUGCAAAUUCAUCAAGCCCGUCAGGGAAUGGUCCAUCGCGGAGCGGAAGACUGUGUUCCUUUCUCCGACGGUUUUGGGUGGUGCUGGGGACGACGGAGGCUUUGCGGAGUCGGCCGGCGCGGCCAAUGAUGAUGGGCUUAGUCCGAAUCCACCGGUGCCGGAUGCUGAUAAUCGUUACAGCAUUCCGUACCAGUUGUGGAGGUUGAUUGACUUCCUGUUUCGUUACGGGAUGGACGUGGACAACAUCUUCACAUCAGGCGGCGACCCGUCCAUCGAGGAGUAUAUCCGCGAAUGUCUGGAUGUCGGCGUCGAGUUCGACGUACCGUUACUCCUCCUCGAUCCCACCACAGACCCUCAUGACUCUGUAGACGACGACCCGGACGACGAGGACGAACAUGAGGACGACACCAGCACGACAGGGAGUCGGUCACGUCGCCCUUCGGCGGCCGGCGGCUCGAGCGGUGCUCGUACACCAGCCGACAAGCGUGACAGCAUUCACCUGGACAUCGAAAAGCUGUUGAAGGAUAUACCGGGCGCCAAAUCUGAUACACUCCUGGGUCUCGCGUCUACCGCGAAUCUGAGCGCCGCGACGGAAACGGUCCCACUGCCUCGGACACAUGGGCGCGCGGUGUCCGUGUACUCCAUGGCUGAAACCUUGAUUAAGUUUCUCGACAGUUUGGAGGAAUCUGUCGUCCCGAGCUCCAUGUCGUUGAGGUGUACCCAAGAGGGAUACUUGACGUUUGUGGCGGCGAGACAGACGGUGCAGAGGCUGCCGAAUGCGAACUACAAUGUCUUCAAGUACAUUGUGAGGUUUUUGAGAGCGGUGGUGGAGAAUUAUAGGGGGAGAGGAGAGCUUGAUGUGGAGCGAUUAGCGGACAUAUUCGGCCCAAUCCUAUUACGGCUCCCAACCUUCACGGAAGGUGGCGACAGCGGAGGUCUCGGAAUGCACCACGCCAACGCCAGCAACGUCUCCGUCCAAUCCGUCAGCAGCCUGGCCUCCACCAACCCGCGCACAUCCUCCCUCGUCAGCUCCAACGUCAAGUACGCCACAACCGGCAGAAGCCAACCCGUCACGGGGGGCAGACCGAUGCCGGGCGGAGGGACGGGCACAGCCGGGUUGGCGCAUGAUUCAGCCGCAGCGAACCUGGCGAGGGUCGCGGCUGCGAAUGUCAGUACGGGGAGCCUGUCGGGCCGCCCCGGUGCGCAACAGCAGCUGGGCAGUUCGCAGGAAGAGGUGUUGAAUCGCAAGAGAAGGAUGUUUUUGAUGCAUUUUUUGGAGCCGGAGAAUCCGGACCUUCCAUGAUGCAGGUUUUCGUAGAGCACAAUCAAUUAUCAGCGUAAAACGUACACAUGCCAUGCCGUCAACCCUAUCAAUAUUUUCAUAUUCAUACACUACUACUAAGGCAUUAGUAUCACAAUAUCAUGGUGUAAUCGACUCUAGUCUGGAUU